GUCCCUCCGUACAUUAUUUCAGAAAUGACUAUAGAAGUGAAUAAAGACAACUGUGGGGGUAAUUUGAACAUAGAUAAUAUAUGGGUGCUUCACCUGAACUAUUAUGGUGCAAAACUAGGAAUGGGCACUAGUAGACGAGCAAACUCUUGUCUGUUCAAUAUAUCAUCAUAUAACAGUAAUCCUGCAUUAGAGAUAUGUAUUUUAAACUAUGACUACGAGUCAUGGGAUAUAGCUUGUGGAAGUCUGAAGAUAUAUAUAGGCACAUAUCCUUUCUUUGAUUUCCCAAGUAUGCACCAUUGUACGAGCUUUAGGCCGCUAUGUACUAGUGAGAAGAAAGUGUUUUUUCAAUACAUGUAUGACAGAGCUCUUCACAUUAUGAAAAAGGACAUUAAUAUAAAGUUUGAUAUCUACUUACGAAAAAAAUUAGAAACAACAACAAAAUUAGUGUUGACUACUGGCUCACCAUCUGUAUCAUCUUCUGGCAGAGGGAAGGCAGGUUUUAGUAUUAUAUGGAUCAUUCUUAUAAUCAUUGGAGGAGUCCUGGCGUUUAUAUUCUGUACAGCUUUUUGGUUCUAUUGUUGUUGUUAUAAUGAAAACGAAGAACAGACUCAGAGUCAGGAUAACCAGAAUGUUGAAAUGAAUGAAGGCAGGAGGAGGAUGUUGGAAGGACCGGUUGUUCAUGUACCGCCAGAAAACUUAAAUUGCACCUCAACUGAGCCACCAGAUUAUAACACAGUCUGUAGUGGGGAUAGUCAGUACCCUGGUGAUGAUAGCAGUUACAGAGAAGAGAAAGUUAAUCCUAAUACACCACUACAACCAAGUGCCCCACCCCCGGACGAGUCACGCGAGUCACCCCCACCAUACCCAGGAUUCAAGUGAUAAAGGAGAGGAAUAUUAAAUCAUCACUUGCCUUUCGAAAUUGACAAUAUACUACCAUUGUUAGAAUAAUGUUGAGUUUAGCUGUAGCAGCUACAAGGCUUACCUUCAUGUUUAAGUUAAAGAGAUAUUUAUUUCAUAAAUAACAUAGUUUAUCACAGGCAUAUGCUGCUUUUGGAGUCAGUAAAAAUGGAAUUGCGAGGCUGUGCAUAUAAUUAUGAUGUGACAUUAUUUGCAUAAUAUGAACAUGGUGUAAAGACUUGCUAC